UUGAUCCAUGAAGCCCCCAAAGUCUCGGCCAUGUUCAUACUCGUAAGUGGGACCAACCCCGACCGUUUUUCUUGAACGUGGACCUUGCGCUCCAGAGCAUGUCGAAUUUUUUCAGACAGGAACCAUUUAUGCUGUUCCAAUUCUUGUUCCCAUGCCGAUACCUGGUCCAGCAGCUGGAAGACGGAUAUGUGCUCCACCAGACAUUAACAACUCUCCAGACCACGAUUCAAGACCUGAUACAAAUCAAGCCGCAGGACUUUGAGAAGCCUAGCGCACAAGCCAUCAAAGAUGUUAUCAACGACAAAUACAGCAACAAGAUUAUUCCCAACAUUGGCCUCUGCCUCUGUAUGUGGGAUCUGCUGUCAGCUUCCGAGGGUCUGAUUGGCCAUGGCACAGGGCUUGUCAACGUGAAUGUCGAGUUCCGCAUGGCCGUCUUCCGGCCUUUUCGUGGUGAAAUCAUCUACGGGCGAAUCAAAACUUCCAACCAAGAGGGUAUCAUGAUCGACCUAGAGUUUACAUCCGAAGUCUUCAUUCCGUACCAGAAUCUCCCGGACAACUCGUCCUUUUCUCAAGCAGAAAAUGUCUGGGUAUGGAACUCGGAAGGCACCGAGCUCUUCUUUGACAAGGGCGAGCCGGUGUUGUUCAGGGUUGAGCACGAGGAGUGGUUCGACCAGCGCCCAACAAUUGUAGAGAAGGACGACAAGGGCGAGAUUAUCGAAGAGCGGCCCACAGCCUGGAGAGUGAUUGGAUCGAUGGCUCAGCCGGGUCUUGGUCCCACAUUGUGGUGGGCAGAGGGCGGAGAAGAAGGAGAAGAGGGCGACGUGGACAUGGAGGAUGGCGCUGAAGAAUGAUGGUUCUGCCCAUGUCUGGCUGGCAGGCCCAACCCUGGUGCAGCGUUUUCGGGAAUAUUGCGAGAAGCUUGCCUGCCGUAGCUCUGUGCGUGCUGCUGGGCUGUUCGGGCUGUUGGGUGCAUAUUGUCCGCCAAGCGAUUCACGUACUUGAUCGUCUCGAAUUGGAAACCACCAGCCGAACCUCGGUAUCUUUCUCCGCACUGUCCCAAGAGCAACUCGGCGCGCCCGAUGCGUGUAGGUGAUCUGUGCAGCCACCAUUGACAAGCAUAGUACAUAGCACCGGCCCCAGACUUUGCGUCGGCCAUCGUCCCCGUCUUCCCUUUGUUCUUUCGAAA